AUGCAGCAAUCUUAUCAGGACGCCAUGGCCAUUGUAGCCCGAUACGGGAAGCCCACAUAUUUCCUCACUAUCACUUGCAAUCCGCAAUGGCAAGGGAUUCAGGAAAACCUCUACAACGGGCAGGUUGCAUCAGAUAGACCUGAUUUGACAGCAAGAGUUUUCCACGGGAAAUUGCAAGAAUUGUGUAGUGAUCUCUUCAAAAAGCACGUACUUGGGGAAGUGGAAGCCUACGUCUACGUUAUUGAGUUUCAAAAGCGAGGGCUUCCUCACUGCCAUAUGCUCUUGAUAAUGAAGGAAGGAUGGAAAGUACGGACAGUGGAAGAAGUCGAUAUUGCUGUGAGCGCAGAGAUACCGAAUGAAGAAACGGAACCAGACGCUCAUACGGCUGUUACUUCGUUUAUGCUUCACAGGAAAUGUGGGAUCGAAAAUUCUAAUUCGCCGUGUAUGCGUGAUGGAAAAUGCUCAAAACGUUUUCCGAAAGCGCUGCGCGAGGAAACAUCUAUGGAAGUCAACGGCUAUCCAACUUAUCGGAGGCGCAACUGCACAACUGUUGAAGUCAGCGGUCACGAGUACAGCGAUGAGUGGGUAGUACCAACUAAUCUCUACCUACUUACCAAGUUCCAGUGCCACGUGAACUUAGAAAUAUGCGGUACGAUUUCUGCGGUAAAGUACUUAUACAAGUAUAUCUACAAAGGACCCGAUCGCGCACGGAUUAACAUUGAAAGUGGAUCGACACACAACAACAUCUCAAUACUCGGUAUGUUUGUCCACCUCAGGCUCUCCACAGAAUUUUCGGCUUCUCCAUGCAAGAAAAAUCUCACACGGUAUACAGACUUGCAGUUCAUCUGCCCGAAUAUCAGACAUUGCUGGACAGGAGCGACAAUUCCUCGAACGGGCCCAAAACCGCUUCACUACGCUCACCGCAUAUUUAGAGCUGAAUCAGCUCUGCAAGAACAUGGCCAACAGUGGUAUAGAAAUGGGAAUUGA